GGCCACUGGUUGAGAAAGAAUGGAGACGGCUUUGGACGAGUGUUAGUGACUGGGUACAUCUGCCCUUUGUUUUCCUUUGAUAUUUCUACCUAUUUGCUUUGGGGACGGUGUGCACACUAUAAUGGACGCGGAGAUAUCCGGUGGGAUUGGCGGCGGAGCGAAUCAGAGCCAUGUGGGCAGCGGUACCGGCCGAAAUCCGAACGGGCCGAGCGUGUCUGUAGCACCGAGCGCAGCCGGGGCGAUGCCUGCAUCCUUCCAUCCACGGGAACAGCAGGACGGGGAGGCAGUGGGCCUGUCCCUGCCCGGGAUUUUACACUUUAUCCAGUAUGAAUGGGGUCGAUUUCAGGCAGAAAAAUGUCGAUGGGAAGCCGAGAGAGAUGAACUUCGGGCACAGGUGGCAUUUCUGCAGGGAGAGAGGAAAGGGCAGGAGAGCAUGAAGCAAGAUCUGGUGAGGCGGAUCAAAAUGCUAGAGUAUGCCCUUAAACAAGAAAGGGCCAAAUAUCAGAAAUUGAAGACCGGCACUGAUCAGAGUCCAGAGAAGAAGCCAGAGACUAAGAAUGAACCAAUACCCAAUGGUCAAGGAGAAUUUGACAAGGAGACAACCAGUCAAACGGCAUGGAAGGAGGGCCGUCAGUUGUUGCGCAAGUACCUGGAAGAGGUGGGUUAUUCUGACACGAUACUGAACAUGCGCUCUAAACGAGUCAAGUCUCUGUUGGGUCGUUGUAGCCCGGAGGUAAAUGGGCCUCUGCCACAUGAUCCUUCCCCAGAACCCAAGCCCCAUGGUGGAGGAGAUUCCCUGCUUGUACGCCAGAUAGAGGAGCAGAUCAAAAGAAAUGCUGGAAAAGAAGGUUCUACAGAGCACACUGGCAGGUCAGUACUGGAUAAAAUUCCUUUCCUGCGUAGCUGUGAUGAUGAAGAUGACAGUGACGAAGAUGAUGAUUUCCAGGGAAUAGCCACAGAUUGCAUUGAUGGACCACAUAAAAACAAGAAAUCCAGAGGCAAGAUUUUUGGAGAACCCAUGACUACAGGUGUAGAUCCUGAGGACGAAGAAGAUGAGGAUGAUUCAGAAGACGCCCUCAGCGAAUUUGAUUUCCUGGGUUCGGGGGAAGAGGGCGAGGGGGCUGGGGAGGCAUGCAUUUCGGGAGAUGGCCGAGAGCUAGGAUGCACUCUAGGCUUCUCAUCUGAUGUCUUCAUACUGGAUACAGUUGGAGGAGGGGAUAUAAAUCUGGGCGAGUUGGCUGACCUUACUGUUGCUAAUGACUUCACCAUUGAUCAACAGGACAGUCAGGAGGAGUUUAAGAAGACAUGGAAUCCACGCUUUACGCUCCGGAGCCACUUUGAUGCGAUCCGAGCCCUGACCUUUCACCCUUCUCAGCCUGUGCUGUUGACAGCUUCUGAGGAUGGAACACUAAAGCUCUGGAACCUGAACAAGACAAUGCAUUCGAAAAAGAGUGCAGCACUGGACGUUGAACCUAUUUACACUUUCCGAGGUCACAGUGGAGCAGUCCUCUCUCUAGCCAUGGGCGAGGAAGAAAAGUACUGCUACAGUGGAGGUGUGGAUGGAAGCAUACGUUGUUGGAAAUGUCCAGACCUUAAUGUGGAUCCUUAUGACAACUAUGACCAAGGUGUUGAGAGUGCUGUGUUAUUAGGACAUGAGGAUUCAGUGUGGGAUCUGGCAUAUUCAUCCAACCUAAAGCGCCUGGCCUCCUGCUCAGCAGAUGGGACUGUGCGUAUCUGGGAUACUCAGAGCUCCACACCCUGUAUAGCUGUUUUCAACAAAGAGAAAGAGCACGGAACUCCUACUUCCAUUGCCUUUGGGAAUGUAGACCUGUCCCAGGCUGUUGUGUCCUUUGAUGCUGGUGAGACAGUCCUCUACGACCUCAACACAGAGCAAAGCAUCAUGGUCCUAGAGCCCCAGACAAAGGAUGGCAAUCAGCUGAUUAACUGUGUGGUCAGCCAUCCAUCCCAACCAAUCUCAGUCACUGCCCACGAGAACCGUACCAUCCGCUUCAUGGACAACAAGACAGGGAAAGUGAUUCACUCGAUGGUGGCUCAUCUAGAUGCAGUCACCUGCCUUACCACUGACCCUAAAGGCAGUUACCUCAUCUCUGGCAGUCAUGAUUGCUCAGUUCGCUUGUGGAUGCUGGAUAAUCACACAUGUGUACAGGAGAUCACAGCCCAUAGGAAAAAGCAUGACGAGGCCAUCCACGAUGUGGCUUUCCACCCUUCACAGCCCCUCAUUGCCAGUGCAGGAGCUGAUUCCCUCGCCAAGAUCUUCAUUUGACCUUCUUGUCAUCACGACUAAUUCUCAACCAUCAUUGGUUAGUGUAAAUAGGGUUUUCCCAAACCUAAACAUUUAACACUGAGAUUGAUCAACAGGCCCAGGCAAGCGUAGAAAGCAGUACACUAAUCGCACACUCUAAACGUUCUUCCUGUCUCCGUAGCAACAGUAAUGCACCGAUAUGAAAAUCGCAGGCUGAUACAGGUAGCUCGAUCGCUCUGAUUCACUCAUUUCUGUCCAUAAUCUUACACCGUAUGCGCACACACACACACAAACACACACACACACACCCACCCAUAAAGGUUAAACAUUUACUUAUUGUGUGAAAUGUCCUCACAUGUCUGCAAAUGAAAGAUAUUAUUGCGAAGGGAACAUUUUUUAUCCUGAGUUUAGGUAAACUGAUUACAGUAUUAAAUUCUGAUUGAUUACAGUUCUUAAAUUCAGUAUUCUUAAAAAAAGAAAGUGACUGUUGUCUGAGCUUGUAAUUUUAUACUUCUACAAACAAAGCAUACAAUUCCACAGUUCACCUCAAAUAAACCAUAAAAGGUGAAAAUUGUGCAAACCAGCCAUUUCUAAACAAUUAGGCAGGGGAAAGAACUCGUUUCUAAUCCACACUUCGAUUUGGUGCAUAUUUUACGUGUAUACCGCCACCUAGUGUAUGGAUAUGUGCCAUACGUUAGUCACUUUUCACCUGAACGACACGUGUUGUGAGUGCAUACAGCUAUCUGAUUUAUCGGAGACCCUUCGCACACUACUGAUUUAUACGCCAUGACUGACACCUGUUAAAAUCUUAAAAUAGAUCAAAAACGAUCUAUUAAACACUAAGGCUAUCAUGAUUUCGGUAAGGUUCGGAUCUAGUUUGGGUCGUUUAUAUGACUGAGUGGGAUAUCGUAUAACCUUUGUUGGUUGUUAGAACACUAUUGCGUCUCUGAGUUUUCCCUUCCUCGCCUUCACUCGUACAUCUACACUAACAUUACCUGCACACAAAGAAAACCCAAUGGCCUGAGUAAUAGACACGGGACUCUAUAUCCAUAAUGCCAAUGCUUCCAUUUGUUUUUGAAAAUCUAUACAGAAUGGAGAUGGUAGGUCUCAUUCGUUUCCAGUCUGUUUAGUGUAUUGAAAUCAUACCAUCAUGAGAACACUGACUGAUCAACUGACUGUUGUACAUACAUUAUACCCAAACCAUCAUGUUUGUGUGUGCGCAUGUGCGUUUAUUUGAAUUCACCACCAUAUGCAUUCAUAUCGAUCGUGGUCAAAUUUUCAUUAAUAAUUUGUGUGCUAAAGACUUUUACUGUUAUAUCUGUAAUGAUAGAAGGUUGGCUGGGCAGCUACAAGAAAUCAUUUUCAUAUGCACAAUGAUGGAUUAUGGUGUGUGUGGUGUAUGUGCUGUUCACAGCCCACUGUCUCACAAAUUUUGGUGCUAAAUUCUUCAGUAUCAGGGAAGCGUUGGACGUAUUAUUUCUCCCUUGCUUACAUCUGGUACAGGCCUGCUAUUGCUUUGCUGUUUCAGAAGAAACAACCUAGUGAACUUCAAAUUUUCACUGGUGUGCUUUCUGUUUCUGCACCGGGGUACGAGUGAGUGACUGAAGGAAUGAAAGAAAGUAAAGAACGUGAAUACUUUGCUAGUAGGAUUUCCCCCUGCUAUUGCUUUAAAACUACCAUGAUCUGAGAAUACUGCUUUUCUGUCGUGGUUAAAAUAUUAUACAGACUUUUAAACACUAUCAAUAGACAUAGAGUCAUUUAUCUGCCGGAUAAGAGCUUUGGUUUUCUGUAGCAGCAUUUUGUGUGCCCUGUCACUUGGGGAACACCGAGUGAGACGUCUGGCUAACUUAAGAUGCGCAUUUGCUUCCUAUUAGUCCAGAAAAGUUGAGAAAUCGUGGAGAAAAGCUCUCCAAGAGCCAUGGAAAAGAAAAGAACAGAGGGUUGUGAGGAACGCGAAGUACAACACAUGUAGUUAGCUCGUCUUCAUAGACAACGGCAUGAUGGAGCAAACCAGGUGAUGGAAGGGACUGAAAAUUCAAUAUCAUCCAUAUUAGUUGUUUUGUUUAGUUAUCUCCUUUAACUGUCCUUUAAGAGAAAUUCCUGGAGGCACGGUUGGUAAGCUGUGCACAGAUGAAAGACCGAAUGCAGUAACUCUCUCUCAUUUACACCAACUGUAACAGAGAUGUAUUGCAUUUAUUCAGAUUUCUGUCCAUCCUAGAGUUCAGACGUACUCCCGUCCAAGCUUUGUGCAGGUUCGUCUCCAUUGGGACGGUUACAGUGAAGUAUGACGAUAAUCCCUUUAGCGACUAUAGUGCAAGCUAAUUGUCCAGUCAUUGCUUAAUUAAGCACACAACUUUAGAUUAAUUCAUUUUACAUAUUAAUUCUUAAGGGCUAACUUAAGAAUUCACACUAAUUAAUGGAUAUCUUUAGGCCACAUUGCAUUCGUAACUGAGAUUGUUUUAUCAUGACAUUUUAUCCUAUAGAUUAUAGACUGUGUGUCUGCAUAUAAAGUUUUCCUAAACCCCCUCUUUCUGCAGGUUUGAAGCGGUUGAUUUUAUUAUAAUUGAGUAGGUUUAUUAGGAUAUAUUAAUCAGAAUAUAUAUAUUUUAAAAGCAGCUGCCAUUGCACAAACCUCUGCUUUUGCAAACUUUUAUAAGUUCCUUUUCUUCACCUGAAUGACCAUCUUUAAUAUAAUUGAUAAGAGUGUCAUAAGAGAACACAUCGUUUUUACUAGGCUUAAAAACUGGAGUUAUUUAAAGGCAGGUCAGUCCAAUGCCAAGAUCAAAGGACACUCUGUCUAAUGUAUAUUGUUUAUGGCAAUUUAUCACUGUGUGAUAUUUUGUACAUCAUAUUAAGCUGCAUUCAAACAUUAUCCUUUAACACCACAGGAUCAAAGCCUGCAUUUUAUUUAUUUUUUUUUUGUUAUACAUAUUUUCAAACUGCAUUAUAGCUUCUAUCAAAUUAAACUAUUAUAUGUUUCCUGUCGUUCCAAUUUUGUUUUUGUUUGCAGUUCUUUUUUUUGUUGUUAUUUGAAAAGUAAAAAAAAUAAAGAAAGAAAGAAAAUAAAGUUGGUUUUGUACAUAGAGUGCAAUACAGCAA